GGCGGGGCCAGGCCUUCUCAGUGGGGCGGAACGGGUCAGGGCAGGCUGGGUCCUACCCUCCUACCCCUGAGAUUAACCCGGAACUAACAGGCUCCUUUAGGAAGGCCUUGGAGCCAGAUUGAGUGGUAACCUGAGCUGUGAGUGCAGGCCACCGGAGCCAGGCUUUAGACAGAGGGAGGACCCAGCCCCAGACGAGGUGCACCCUCGGCGGGAGGUGGCACAGUUGUGCAAAGUGCCGACGGCCACAGCGGCAGGACUUAUGGCGCCCCCAAGGAACGUGGUGAAGAUCGCUGUUCAGAAGUCUGACGCCAUCCCACAGCUUAUCCAGCUAGACCAGGCAAAGCCCCUGGCCACUGUGCUGAAGGAGGUGUGUGAUGUGUGGAACGUGACUGACUCCGAGCGCUAUGCCCUGAAGUUUGCUGAUGGGCACAAGAGAUACAUCACAGAGAAUAACCGCACGGAGAUCAAGAAUGGAAGCAUCCUGUGCCUCAGCACUGCCCCAGACCUGGAGGCCCAGCAGCUGCUGGGUGGGUUGCAGAGCACAAGUCGUGAAGGGUGCUACCAAGCCCUGAAAAACCUGGUCCCGCUGGCCUCAGACAUGACCUUUGCCCAGGAGGUCAUCAGCCGUGAUGGGCUUCAGAGACUAAGCGCCAUCAUUGAAAAUGGGGAUGACCUAGGGGAGAUGCUGGCCCUUGGUCUAAGGGCUUUCUUGGAGCUCAUGGAACACGGCGUGGUGUCCUGGGAGACACUCAGCAUCCCCUUUGUCAGGAAGGUGGUAUCUUACGUGAACAUGAACCUGAUGGAUGCCUCUGUGCAACCCUUAGCUCUCAGGCUGCUGGAGAGUGUGACUUUGAGCAGCCCUGCCCUGGGCCAGCUGGUGAAGAGCGAGGUGCCAUUGGACAGGCUGCUGGUGCACCUGCAGGUAAGGAACCAGCAGCUGCAAACCAAGGCUAUGGCAUUGCUGACAGCCCUGCUGCAGGGGGCCAGCCCUGCUGAACGGAAGCAUAUGCUUGACUACCUAUGGCAGAGGAAUCUUCGCCAGUUCAUCUACAAGGUAGGGUGGACCAGACCAGGGAGACCCGCUCCCCAGUCCUCCUUUCCCAGGGAGUCUUAUCCAAGCCUGGCUGUUUUCCAGAAUAUUAUCCACAGUGCAGCACCCAUGGGCGAUGAGAUGGCUCACCACUUGUAUGUGCUGCAGGCUCUUACACUGGGGUUGCUGGAGCCACGGAUGCGGACACCACUUGACCCCUACAGCCAGGAACAGCGGGAUCAGCUGCAGGCCCUGCGCCAGGCAGCCUUUGAACCAGAGGGGGAGCCCUCGGGCACAGGACUGAGCGCUGACCGCCGCCGUUCUCUCUGUGUCCGGGAGUUCCGAAAGCUAGGCUUCUCUAACAGCAAUCCAGCCCAGGACCUGGAGCGUGUGCCCCCAGGCCUGCUGGCCCUGGACAACAUGCUCUACUUCUCCAGGCAUGCGCCCAGUGCAUACAGUCGGUUCGUGCUGGAGAACAGUAGCCGAGAAGACAAGCAUGAGUGCCCCUUUGCCCAGAGCAGCAUCCAGCUGACAGUGUUGCUGUGUGAGCUGCUCCAUGUUGGGGAGCCUUGCUCCGAGACAGCCCAGGACUUCUCACCCAUGUUCUUCAGUCAAGACCAUAGUUUCCAUGAGCUCUUCUGUGUGGCUAUCCAGCUGCUGAAUAAGACCUGGAAGGAAAUGCGGGCAACACGGGAGGAUUUUGACAAGGUAAUGCAGGUGGUUCGGGAGCAGCUAGCCCGGACGCUGGCUCUGAAGCCCACCUCCCUGGAGCUCUUCCGAACCAAAGUGAAUGCUCUCACCUAUGGGGAAGUGCUGAGGCUGCGGCAGACAGAGCGGCUGCACCAGGAGGGCACUCUGGCCCCUCCUAUACUGGAGUUGCGGGAGAAGUUGAAGCCAGAGCUCAUGGGCCUGAUCCGCCAGCAGCGUUUGCUCCGACUCUGUGAGGGGAUGCUCUUCCGCAAGAUCAGCAGCCGGAGACGCCAGGACAAGCUGUGGUUCUGCUGUUUGUCCCCCAACCACAAAGUGCUGCAGUACGGGGAUGUGGAAGAGGGUGCCAACCCACCCGCCCUAGAGAGUCUACCUGAGCAGCUCCCUGUGGCAGACAUCAGGGCACUCCUAAUGGGCAAGGACUGCCCCCAUGUCCGGGAGAAGGGUUCUGGGAAGCAGAACAAGGACCUCUAUGAGUUGGCUUUCUCCAUCAGCUAUGACCAUGGGGAGGAAGAAGCAUACCUCAACUUCAUUGCCCCUUCCAAACGGGAUUUCUACCUGUGGACAGAUGGGCUGAGUGCCCUGCUGGGCAGCACCAUGGGCAGUGAGCAGACUCGGCUAGACCUGGAACAGCUGCUUACCAUGGAGACCAAGUUGCGCUUGUUGGAACUGGAGAAUGUGCCCAUUCCCGAGCAGCCUCCCCCAAUACCCCCACCCCCUACCAACUUUAACUUCUGCUAUGACUUCAGCAUCACUGAGCCUUGACUGAAGUUGGCCAUAGGCCACAACUGGUGCUGCUGUAGCAGCCACAAAGAGGGAUGAAAAGAAAGCACAGACAACCUGACCAGCAGAGCCUCUAGCAGAAAUAAAGUUGGCUUGGCUUAUAGAUACGUGU